AAACAUGAAUGACUGUUAGUCAUCUACGAAUUCUGUUGGUGUAAUUUAACCCCCUAAAAAAAAUCUAAACCGUUUUUGAAACUUUCAAGGUUUCUUCCAAACAGCCUCCUUCGGCUUCCAGGAGCAUUCCCGAAGUUUCCGAUAGACAAUUUUAAUAAUUCAUCUAAAGACAGUUUCAUUGUGUACUAAAAUUUUACUUGCAAUCAGGGUAUUCACCAUUAAUAACACUGAUUAAUUCUCUCACCUUCCAUACGUCGUUUUACCAGACUCCUCAACACCGAAACAGUCGAACGCUCAAAACCAGUCUCACCAAACCAAAUGACGCUUGAAACGCUUCCGUACGGCCCCUCAGUGACCACCCGAUCAUAUUGUACCGAACCGCGGCUUCUCGCCUCCGAGCUCUCAAGGUUAGUUCAGUGAUUCAGCAAACCCCUGAUUCGCUAUUGCUGACGAUUCAAUUUGGUCUCCUAUCUGGAUUCUGGAAUAUUAUUAAGCUGCUUCAAUUUGAUUCUUCUUUAAUUAUUAUCCUUCAUUCUGCGAUUGCUUUCGAUUUCAGUCAAAACAUCUGUUCUUUCAUUCACUUACUAUGCAUAGCUUUUACUCUCAUUUCUUAUUUGAAAAAUGUACUUAUCUUUUCUUGGUUAAGAAUUGAAGUUCUUCAAAGCUUAUGAACCUCUGCUUCGUUUAGUUCAAGAUUAUACGCUUCUCAUGAAUGUUUUGGUGGCCAGAAUAAUAGAAUUCCAGUUUGAAAACAAAUUUAUAUAUUGCAGAAGACUGUUAGCUUUAUUAACUUCUUUUUCUUUAUAAUUCAAAUUUAUUAAUUCUAAAGAAGCCACCGCUAGUGGAAAACCCUGUUAGAGGUACGAACUGCGAAAAAAAAUUACACGUCCUGAAAUGUAAAUUUCUGUAAGGAUUAAGAAACAAAAAGAGAGUUGUGAGCUAGAUUCACCCCCCCCCCCCCAAUCCUGAUUCAUAUAAAGCACUUAAUUAAUUCACUUACUAAUAAUAUCUAAAUGUCGCUAUGUUUGUCAUGAAGCAACCUAUGCCAGGCGUGGAUUGUUUAGCUUUGCCACAUUCCCUAUUUUUGGUCUUCCUACAAAAGAAGUUUGAUAUAAGCAGUCUUUUGGUCUAAGCUUCAAGGAUCACAGCUUGUGGUGUAUUUCCUUUUAGAUCUUUUCUCUUCUGUUGGAAUUCCUAGGAUCAAUCCUUGACCUGUCUAUACAUUGGAGAGAUUUGCUAUGCUUUUUGCUUGAACUGCUUAAAGAAAGAGUGGGAAAACUUCUAAGAUAUAAUUUUAUCCAAUUAAUUGCUUAGUAAGCUGCUAAUAAUAGGUGAAAAAAAUAUAGCAAACAGUUUAACCUGUGUGGCAAAAGACGUUUGUAGAAAUGUGUUUGUCUAUAGCCUAACUUAUACCUAAACCAAAUGGUUUGGCCAUUUCUUGGCAGCUUCCUCUAGCUCUAGCUACAGUUAUGAGGGUGGUGGCCUUCCAAAUAUCUUUGCUUUUCUUUAUGCUAUUUUCCUCUUCUGUUUGUUUCAUUUAUAAUCAUUUUAUUUGUUCAGGAACAAUUUCUUCUUAAAACUCCAAGAAGUUAAGAAAUAUCAGUUUCAAUAGGGAUGUUACUUGAAGUUAGUCAUUGUAAUAGGGUAUUGAUGUUAAGCUGUUUUAUUUGCAUUUUUAAAAUUGAUUCUUCAGUUGUGAUUCACCUCGUAAACUUUUUCAUCUAUUGAUGAUGUGACUGCUUGGGAAUGUGCUAUGUUGUGAAUGAUAAUGCUAGUAUAGCGUCUCACAUACCAUAGAGUACUUUCAAAGUUUGCAAGUUCAAGUGUCGUUGCUGCAACAGCUUCUCUAGGUGGCUUCUUAAGUUGACUUUCUGGAAGUCAGUCCAAGUCCAUACCUUCACUAGAUUUUACCCUACCAGGUGUUGCCUUACCUCGUUUAUUACACGAUCAUGUUGAACCUGGUACAACUAAGAUUACAACUCUGCCAAAUGACUUUAAAAUAUGCCAGGCAGAAUCCUGCAGCAUCUAUAGGAUUAUAUCUUGACUGUGGUUCAAUCUAAAAGUCACCAGCCUCAUUUGGGGUCUCACAGCUUCUUGAGCAUAUGGCCUUCAAGAGCACAACUAGUUGCGGUCAUUUGUGUAUUGUGAAGGAAGUAGAGGCAAUUGGUGGUAAUGUGAUUGUUGCAGUUUCUUAGGAGCAGUUUGGAUAUACCUUUGAUGCAUUAAGGACACAUGUUCCUGAUUGACUGUGUAAGAAACCCGGUUUUCUUGGAUUGAGAGGUCAAUGAACAGUCAGCAUGAAAGUGUAUUGUUUAUAUUAAGAGCAAAUCUUGGAUGAGUAUCCAAAAGUUCAGUCAUUAUCAGCAUUUACAAUCAUAGUGGCAUAUUGGAAUGCAAGCUACCACUUGUUCUCAUUUUGUACCAACUGCCAUUAAUGUUGCUAUCAAGGAGCUUUUUUCUGUUGCAACACCUGGACAAGUUGACUGGAAAUAUCUAGAUCGUGAUAAACAAUCAAUCAAGUCUGCCAUCUUGAUGAAUUUAGAAUCCGGAAUGGUUGCUUCAGAAGACAUCUCUAAGCAAGUCUCGACAUAUGGUGAGAGCCAUCGAUGUCCCAAUCUACUAUUCAGUUAGCUCUAAGUUCAAGUGAAAAUCAAAAUUGCUUUCCUGUGUUAAACUCGACAAGCAUUUUUUCCUCAAGUUUGAAAAUAGGGAGUUUAGGUGCUUUCAUUGUUAACAAAAAAUUGCUUAUCCCCUUACCCAGGCAAGGAACAUAUUAUAGUGACAUUGCUUCUGAAGACUGAAAACAAUGGGGGACUCCCAUGUUUUCUGCUGAAUUUCAUGAUCUUGGUCAUGGUUGGGGAUAAAAGUCCAUGUUCUUUUACACUUAUGGUUUGCCUAUUACCCACAACUUCUACCAAUGAUCCUUAGAUAACAUACAUUUUGACUGGAAUUUUUUUGGUCAAAUUCUGCUAGUAGUAUCCUGUACUAUGUGUAAUUUGUGAAUUUAGUCAUUUUAAUUUGGUCAA